CGGACUCAUCGGGCGCAGCUGGGCCAUGCUGUUUGCGGCCGGGGGCAUCCCCGUGAGGCUCUAUGACGUGGAUCCGCGGCAGGUGACAGGCGCCCUGGACAACAUCCGCUCAAAUGAAAUAGGAAAUGCUCAGCUUGAAGGAAGAGAAGCAGCAGAACGAGAGAGCAGCUGAGCUCCGCGCGGCCCUGGGGUCACAGGCACGGCCGCUCCGGGACCCGGCGGGACAGGCUCGCAGGGAGCAGGUCCUGGCAGCCUGCAGACACCUGCCCCCGCCCGAGCUAAGCUGCUGCUCCCCCCGCCGCCCUUCCUCCCCUGUCCACACUCGCGGGCACUGCGAUGCCAGUCUGCCCAGGGCCUCCCUUUCCUCCAGGAAAGAGAUGACGUUGCUGGCACAGUCGGGCUCCCUGAAGGGCGCGCUGAGCGCGGAGGAGCAGCUGUCUCUCAUCGGGGGUUGUUCCGACAUCCGGGAGGCGGUAGAGGGCGCCAUGCACAUUCAGGAGUGUGUUCCGGAAGACCUAGAACUGAAGCAGCAGCUGUUUGCUCAGCUGGAUGGAAUCAUGGACGAUGACGUGGUCUUGAGCAGCUCCAGCUCCUGCCUCCUGCCCUCCAAGCUGUUCGCUGGCCUGGCGCACAGGAAGCAGUGCCUCGUGGCACACCCCGUAAACCCACCCUAUCACGUCCCAUUGGUUGAGCUGGUCCCACACCCAGAGACCGCCCCCGCGACCGUGGACAGAACUCACGCCCUGAUGCGGAAGAUUGGACAGUCCCCGGUCAGAAUCAUGAAGGAGAUUGACGGCUUCGCUCUGAACCGCCUCCAAUAUGCAGUUAUCAGCGAGGCCUGGAGGCUCGUGGAGGAGGGCGUCGUGUCGCCGGGUGACCUCGACCUCGUCAUGUCAGAGGGCCUGGGCAUGCGGUACGCCUUCAUCGGGCCCCUGGAGACCAUGCACCUCAACGCGGAAGGAAUGCUGAGCUACUGUGACAGAUACAGCGAAGGCAUGAAACGUGUCCUGAAGACUUUUGGACCCAUUCCAGAGUUUUCCGGGGCCACAGCUGAGAAAGUGCACCAGGCCAUGUGUGUGAAAGUCCCAGAUGACCCAGCGCACUUAGCUGCCAGGAGGGAGUGGAGGGACAGGUGCCUCAUGAGACUGGCCAAGCUGAAAAGCCAGGUGCAGCCCCAGUGAAGCCUGCCCGCCUCCCGCCGCCCGCCGCCCCCUCGCUGGAGGCCGUUUGCUGGAAUUACGAGCACUUAGUCCAACCGCUCUGAGCGCGGGGCGCAGGGUGCUUGGUGGACAGAGUCCGACUUGCUCCCCACGGGUGGCGGGCACAGCGGUGGAGGGUAGGCCGUGGUCGCUUCCCAGCAUGCCCUGGGCUCGGGGCCACCACCGCACUCAGGUCUGAGGGCUUGAUUCCCUGCACUCAGACAAGCCAGGGGGACAAGUGGCUGAAGGUCUGACCAUUUAGUCUUAGUGUGAUUACAUGUGGCUACAUUUUAUAGCCAGUGAUUAUAGUUUCCAGUUACCUCAAUCAAGCGACGGAUCUUGGCAAUCAUCUCCUGAGCUCGUGCUGGUCCCUAUGGCCCAGCAUUUAUGAGACCAGCGCGUUCAUUUUCUUGAUGUUUAUUCCAAAUAAAAGGUUUUGAUCCCAUAGAGA